UUGCCCGGGGUAAGUUGACCGAUCCCCAUCGGAGACUUCGUUCGGAGGCGCAGCGCUUGGCUCCCGGCUCCUGCCGCCCCAGCCCCUUUGGGGGGAUCGCCUGUUUUUCCUCUCCCUUUUCCCCCCGGAUUGGUUUUAUUAUUAUUGUUAUUAUGGGAUCUGUGGAGAAGCAGGUCUUCCGCUCCGGCGUUGCUCUUCGUCGUUGUCCAACGCUCUGCGGAGAGCUAUAGUAUUUCUUUCUCGAAAUGCUGCAGUGAAUUUUAGUCCCAGAAAAUCAGACGAACAAAAUAAUCCGAAUAACCCGAACCAUUUGUUACCGUGCGAGAGCGAACGCUGCACAGAUGAUGGCAAAAAAUUCCCUGGAAGGGUCUAAGGAAGACCUGAGCAAAAUUUCGGAGGAGGAGAUGCUGAGGUGGAGCAAGGAAGAGCUGGUGAAAAGACUGAGGAAAGUGGAGAACGAAAAGAUGAACUUAAUGGUGGAACACGGCAACUUGAUGAAGGACGUGAACCGGCGGCUGCAGCUCCACCUGCACGAGAUCCGCGGGCUGAAGGAGGUGAACCAGAAGUUGCAGGACGACAACCAGGAGCUGAGGGAGCUCUGCUGCUUCUUGGACGACGACCGGCAGAAAGGCAAGAAGCUGUCGAGGGAAUGGCAGCGCUUCGGGAGACACACGGCCAGCGUGAUGUGGAAGGAGGUGGGCAUGUACCAGCAGAAGCUGAAGGACCUGGAGGCCAGGCAGGAGACCCUCCUGCGGGAGAACGUGGAGCUGAAGGAGAUGGUGCUCAUGCUGGACGAGGAGCGGAGCGGGGCCGGCUCGCGAAGUUCCAUCGACAGCCAGGCCAGCCUGACCAACCUCAACGGCGGCUCUGCCACCCGGGACGUGGGGGACGGGAGCAGCACCUCCAGCACGGGCAGCGCCGGCAGCCCCGACCACCAUCACCACCACCUCCACCACCACAAGGCCGGCGAUAGCAAGGCCGGGGCCAUGCGGAGGUCUAUGGAUGACCUGUCCGCGCCUCUCCACCACCGGAGCAUCCCUAACGGCCUCAACGAUUCAUCUUCCAACUAUAUCAGGCAACUUGAAACAAAAGUGAAACUGCUGGAGGAUGACAACAAGCUGCUUUCCCAGCAGUCCAGCACAGGGGACCUGAGGACUCUGAGGAAGGGGUUGUCUCCGUACCACUCUGAGUCACAGCUCUCAUCACUGCCGCAGUAUCAAGACGCCCUGCAAAAUGGACCAGCUCGCAUGACAUCUGAUCUUGCAUCUUCUCCUGCAGCAGGAUACAUGCCUGUUGGUCAGAAGCCAGAGGCUGUUGUGCACGCUAUGAAGGUCCUUGAGGUCCAUGAAAAUUUGGACAGGCAAAUGCAAGACAACUAUGAAGAAGACCUGAGUGAAAAGGAGAAGGCGAUCGUUCGUGAAAUGUGCAAUGUUGUCUGGAGAAAGCUGGGUGAUGCUGCGAGCUCCAAACCCUCCAUCAGGCAACAUCUGUCAGGAAACCAGUUCAAGGGUCCCUUGUAGGAGCGGCGUCCGGGAGGCCGGAAGGGAUUGAUUCUGUGAAGACUGAAGAGGCAGAGUUCAGCGUUUCUGGCUGCCUGUUCUUUGGGAGUUGGGGUUGCGAUUUUUCAGGGUUUUCUUUUUUUCUUUUUUCCCCCCAGCUUUUUUUUUUUUUGUAACAAUAGUGUAAAUAUGGCAGCUAAAGGCCUGAUUUCCAGGCUGCGGUGCUCUGGAACUGCUGUUCAAUGGGUAACCAUCCAGUAAUGCCAGACUUGCAUCAUUUGUAUUGUAGUUCAAACCUGCUUUGUUGUAAUGGUCUGUUUGUAGAAUUAACUAACUCAAGAAAAUUUCUAUGAGGAACAAGAACCCUUAAACUGCAGAGAAGUCACAGUUUGUAUCACUCCUGUCCACCCACUUGUCAGUGAUUCAUAGUGGCUCCAGGCAGCACCUUCCAAGGAAAAUGCAACUUGAAUUUGUUGGCUUACUGCCUGCUAUGCUCUUGAGCUGCUAACACUUGCAUUUGGAGGUCCUUAUUCAGAAGAAUGACAUGCAACUGUUUUCACAAAGCACUGUGGAAAAUACUGAGUGGUGAUCUAAAAACGCCAGCACCACUCUGCAUUCUAUGGUGGUACUCACCACACAAGCCUGCAGAAAGGCAUGAGACUCCGUAUCAGCUAUUAAUGAACUAUUUUUCCUUAAAAAUGACAUGAGAUAUCUGCAGUCACAAUGUGAAUUAAGUCAUUUAGCCACACACCAGUAUUCCCUACAAACAUGGCAGCACUUUCCCUGUAAAUCUUCUACUACAAUUAGUCAGAAACUGCCAUCCUCACAGUGCUUGUGGUGUUCACAGGAUCUUCAAGAGCAGCAAACCUUUCACAUAAGGAAGAUUCGGGUGUUUUUUUAAUGUUCUUGCUGGACCCCUCACCUAUACUGGUUCCUCUGUAAGGUGGCCGAACAACAACCUUGUGGAGCUGAAUAAAAACACCAUAAACACAGGCUGUCGGCUGAGACUACUUUCUGCCAUUCAAGCUUUAUUUUUGUUAAUGAACCAAAACAAGUGAGUUUUCCCUCUUCAAAUGGUUGUAUAUAAAACAAUGGGACUUACAUUCUGCUAUUGUGGAGUAGCUGCUUGUAUAGUUGUAAGAAUUUGCCCCCCUUCUUUUCCAAGUUGUCAAAGCAGCUGCCCCUGUAUUUCAUUAGAUGUUCUUUCCCAAUAGUCCAGGCAAGCAAGGCUGGGUUGUUAAACUCAUUGGUGUGAAAUAAUUUUAAAGACAGGCAUGCGGAAAGAUCAAAGCCUCCUCUUCAAAUGCAUUGAUUAUAGUGAUUAGUUUGAAGAUUUAAUGACCUCAAAUACCAUCACUUUCUUUUUAUCUCCAUAAGAAUCGGUCACAGCUACAGACAGAUGAAUUAACUGGACAGGUUCUUCCUCUUAAAUUAAUUUGUGCUACCAGUUGAGUUCUUUGAUUUGUGGUAUUGUGUUAACAAGAGGCACCGAUACAAUACCAAGGAGCCCUUGCUGCAAGUUAUGAAAGGUAAUUGGUCCCAUGGUAUACAAUAAACUAGCUGCCUGUGUGAAGAAUUUGCAGUGUCAGAGCUGGAAUCUGUAACCAGUAAAAAAUAAGAGAAGGAUUACAAUCAAAAUACACAGUAUCCAGUAAGAGUAAGCACCACUUCAUUAUUCAUUUCAGAAACAAAAAUGUAACAGUCGAGUAGGUUAUUUUUUAAAAACCAAGAACCAUCCCCCAAAACACAGACACAUACUCUCACUUUUAUAUUACCUGUAGCUUAUUUCAUACUGAGUAAGAAUUUCAUACUCAGCGAACACUGAGUUAGCUAACUCUUAAGUGUAGUAUUAUUUACAUCUUAUGGAGUCAGGAAAAAUCCAUUCUAGAGUCUGUCUCCUUUAAAAUAUAGCAUCUUUGGAGGAUUGUGGAUUUCCUCCCCUUCACCUUGUGUUUUGACCACCAGUUUCUAGUCACCAUUGAUUACUUGUCUUCCUCCUUUACAAUUUAUACCUUAAGAUUGUUGUACCAGAAAAGGUGAUGUAAAGCAGAGACAUCAUUCUUCCUUAGCAUCUAAUAUUGAACAGAGGGUUACUUUAAUCUGUGCUUGAAAGCCCAUUCUAAUUUUGGUGGCAUGCAAUCGCUGGAUUAAGUGAAGAAUUUAAGCAUAUUGGGAACAAGGUUAAUUUGCGUCAGUGAAUUUUAACUAAAGCAAUGCAAAUGUUGCCAGCACUUGUAGAGUUGUGUCGAUGAGAUGCUUGCUGUUUUAGGAGUGCAUUAGACUAGCAGGUCCUCUGAACAAGACAAGAACUGUAUUACUAAUCCGAUAACUAAUCUGAUUACUAAUCUGUCCAGCUAUGUAAUAAUACUCUAAUAUUCCCUGUUAUCAAAUCUCUCAAAAUCUGUUCAAUUACUUCAGACAAAGCUUGUUUUAUUCUACCUGCAGAUCUCAUCUCUGAAGGAAAGAGUGCUGCAGUUGAGGUCUACUCAUGAUGCAAAUCCUGAAGAGCCAGUUUACAGGGUAGCCAGUAGUUUUGCUGAACAACCUUUAUACUCUUAGAUUCCAUUUUUGUUAAGAUUCUCUUUGGCAGCACAUCUUCAGUGUAAAAGGUGUGUCACUGAUACUGCAAAAGAACAUAUACUGUACGUUGGGAUGUUCUUGUCUGUGGGCUUUUAGAAUUGCUACUCUUCAUAGUUAGCUCCAUUUGAGCUGUAAAGUGUCUUCCUUGGGUAAAACGAUGCUCAAUGACUUUACAGGAUGACUUGGGUGCUGAAUUUUCAGUUGUCUAAAAAGAUGGUGUCUAUGCAUAUUUAGAUGCAUUCACCUAUGUGCUAAAUCUUCUGUGAAAGCUAUCUGAGGAGCUUUAUAUAUUCAGUUGGAGGGAAGCAUCCCUUGAAAUAGUGGCCAUUAAUUUGAUGUAUUUUGAGCAAUAGUCCAAGUUAAUUUCCUCAAGAUUGAAGCCCUGGGUUCUGCAAUCCUCUAACAAAGAAAGCAUCCAUUGUUUACACAUGGACUUUGCUUACUUAAGGAAAGUAAAAUCACAUCCUUGACUUUCACUGGAGUGGCUGAAGUAAGCAGCAUUUUCCUAACAGUUUUGGAAAUGCUGUGGUGUAACCAGCUUCAGCUGGCUCUCUGCACCUUGAGAAGACUGCUGAGCACAACCUUGUUUAAGAAUGGCACAUUUUUUAUCCAAAUACUAGAUAUAAAAAGAAAUCAGUGUUAAAGUGACCUUUUAUCUUUCUAAAAGCUGUGGGGGAAGAGUACUACUGAUCUUCUUCAAAGUGCAUGACUGUAAAGUGAUAAAAUUGUAUAUUUUUCAUAAUGUGGGGAAAGUCUAUUUGUGCUGCUUUAGAAAUCAGUUUUAAAGUUUGAUUUCUGUUAAACCUGUGAUCUUACAGCCCUGCUCUAUUUUCUGUAUAUGAUUUACAAAGAACUGGAAAAGUCAGCACCUGCUGUUGUGUAUAUAGCAAAAUUCUUUAGACCUUAGCACGCGUUUUUACCUGUUAUUGAACCACUCUGGCUUUUUGGGGGCGGGCAAGUAAUAGUACAGAUUUUUUUAAUAAUGUGUGUAAAACAUUCAUUUGAAAUAUUUUAGUAAAAAUGAAGUAAGAGAUUGAUUGUGAUAGUGUAUACUUCUAGUUGAAUAAAAUAAAAUACAUCCUUUUUAAAUAAACUGAUGAAUAAGG